AUGAAGCAAUGGAUAAAAGAUCCUAAAUAUGCGUGUUUUCUUCAAGAAUGUAAAGUAGGUCCUUAUCGUGCACAUUGUUCAAUUUCACGUUUAAUACAUGAUUUUACAACUCCAUCAAGUUUAUUAGCGAAAUUUGCUGCAGCUGAACUUAGUUUUGUGUAUCACAGUGUACAUCAUGGGUAUAGUUUUGUUAGCCAAUCAUGCACAGGUGAUCUGGUGAAAAAAGUUUUUGAUGAAUCAAAUAUUGGACAACAAAUUAGUUAUGGUAAAACAAAAGCACGUAAUUUAUCUGUUAAUGAUCUAGGUUUAGUAAGAUCUGUAUUAGAGAUUGUUGAACAACCUCGUGAAACAGCUGAUCAUAUUGUUGCUGUACUGCGUGAUAUAUUAAGAAGGAUUAUGGAUCCAGAUGCAUAUAGUGGUUCAGUUAAUUCUGUACUUCCAUCAUCAUUACAUACAGUUAAUAAUGAAACACGUUCAUCAAAUCGUCGUUAUCAUCAUAAGAAACGUCAUAAUGAUGAUGUACCAUCAUCGUUAUCAGUACCUGUUGUUUCAACUGAUAGUCAAGAUGAACGUAUUGAAGUAAAGAUUCUUCCACAAGAUGAUAAUUGGGGUGAAACAACAACAAUAACAUGUAAUGGAGUUAAUGAAGAUACAUUAACAAAUAACAAUGAUACUACUUUACAACUAAAUGAUAAUCAUCAUAAUGAACAUUUACAAUAUUUAUCAAAUAAUGUUCAUCAACGAAAAUUAUCUAUAACAAUAUCACAAUUUAUUAUUUAUUUAAUUUGUUUAAUUGCUUUCAUUUCACCUAUAUUCUUUCUUAUAUUACCAUACAUAUUAUUAACAUCGGAUUUCUUAUUAUCUAUUGAUGAUUAUUCACCAAUAUUAACAAUUAUUUUUAAACUUAUUUUUUUAUUUUUUGGUACAUUUCUAUUACUUUAUCGACGUCGUAAUCGAACAUAUUUACCAUGUAUUCAUAUACAUAAAACAUGUUUAAUUCUUAUUCUAUCAAUUCUUCUUGUUGUCUAUUGGUGUUAUUAUAUAUAUAAAAUAUUAAAAUCAAAAAUAGAUAAAUAUGAAGAAAUUUUAUCGAUGACAUCAACAUAUGAAGAUUUACUUUUAUUCAUAUUAAUAUUAUCUGUACUUAUCUUAGAAGUUAAAUGGUUAUAUCCUAAAUGGAUUGUUAAAGUUGUACGAUCACCUGAUGGACAAAUACGACAAUAUGCAAUUGGAUCAAUGUCAAUACAAGAAGCGAGUGUUUAUUUAUUAGAACAAUAUUAUAAAGAUUUUCCUGUAUUUAAUCCAUGGUUAGAAAAUGCUCAUCAAACACAAGCUAAACGUCAUCGAACAUUUUCAACAAAAUCUAUUGGAUCACAAUCAAAUUCAUCAACUAUAGCUGUUGGUACAAAUGGAAAUACUACACGAUCAAUGCGUGGUUUUAAUGAUAGAUUCUAUGAUGAACUCGAUUAUGAACGUCGUGUACGAAAACGACGUACAAAAUUAAUAAUUUCAUGUGAAGAUGCAUUUACACAUGUUCGAAAAUGUCUCGAUGAAAAAUAUGGUUCACAUAUACCAAUGGAUGCUCGAGAAGCUGCACAAGUAAAUAUUGAUCUAUAA